AGAAGUAGGGUUUUUCCAUCGGCGCAUAAUAUCCCCCACUUCUUCUUCAUAAAAUCCCCUCACUUCUUUUUGACCUAAUUCGCUGCGCCGUUGAUCUCCGGUUCGAUCGGUUUCUACGCUGAAGGAGAAAACAACUUCAAAUCAAGAAGAAAAAUGUCAGCUGAUGAAGGUGCAGUUGUUGUUGAGGCUCCGGCCCCAGCUCUUGGUGAGCCAAUGGACAUUGAGACUGCUUUGCAACUUGUUCUUAGAAAAUCUUUAGCUCAUGGUGGGCUUGUUCGUGGUCUGCAUGAAAGUGCUAAAGCAAUUGAGAAGCAUGCUGCUCAGCUCUGCGUCUUGGGAGAGGACUGCAACCAGCCAGAUUACGUUAAACUCGUCAAGGCACUUUGUGCAGAGCACAAUGUAAACUUGAUGACAGUUCCAAGUGCAAAGACUCUUGGCGAGUGGGCUGGUCUAUGCAAGAUUGAUUCCGAAGGAAAGGCUAGGAAGGUCGUUGGAUGCUCUUGUGUUGUAGUUAAGGACUUUGGGGAAGAUCACGAAGCACUUCACAUUGUCCAGAAGCACGUGAGUUCAAAUUGAUUAUCUAAAUGGUGGUGUUUGUUGGUAUCACUAAGAAAGUUUUUGAUCUUUAGUUUAUGUUUAGGUUGAUUCCCUGUUGCUGCUGAACGUUUUUACCCUACAAUGUUUUUCUUUGUUUAUUGAUUGGUGGAAAUAUUUUUGGCAAACAGAAAACAGUUUAUUUACCAAGAGUCUCCUUGCCAAGGGUAAAAGGGAAUUGAAUUUUAUAAUCUAUUUACGAGUUUUAGGAUUAACCUAUUUCCUCUCCAA